GACUAUCGGAAAGAAUAACAAGAUGUUACAACACAUCAACUACCGGGUGAGAAUAAUUCUCCAAGACAGCAGGACCUUUAUCGGGACAUUCAAAGCCUUCGACAAGCACAUGAACCUGAUCCUCGGGGACUGCGAGGAGUUUUGCAAAAUAAAGCCGAAAAACACCAAGCAGCCCGAGCGAGAGAAAAAGCGUGUCCUAGGUUUCGUUUUACUCCGCGGAGAAAACAUUGUUUCUUUAACAGUAGAAGGACCUCCGCCUCCAGAAGAGGGUCUUCCUCGUGUACCAAUCCCCGGUGCAGCUCCAGGUCCAGGAAUGGGCCGCGCAGUCGGUCGCGGCAUGCCCGCAAACGUUGCCGGAGUACCUGCAGGGCUCCAAGGACCCGUUCGCGGUGUUGGUGGACCUUCUCAGCAAAUAAUGACGCCAGCAGGCCGCGGGCAAGUUUCUGCUCCACCACAAAUGCACCCUGGAGCUCCACCCAGGAUGCCUGUUAGUGGACCUCCUCCUGGUAUGAUGGGACCACCUCCAGGAAUGAUGGGUAUGCCACCAGGAAUGCCUCCAGGUAUGGGUCGUGGUGGACCACCAAUUGGACCACCAGGAAUGCGAGGACCUCCUCCGGGAAUGAUGCGUGGCGGGCCACCUCCACGUCCUUACUAA